AUGUUCCAGGUAUUUAAGCCACAUGCUGGGGAGGAUUAUAAAUAUCCAAGGGAAACAGAGACCUUCUGGAGUCAUCCCUACAUUAGGGACGGGUACCCCAAGAACCCUUUGGAGAGCUUGUCACUUCACAUCUGCUGGGCUGCCAUGGCUCCUUCCAUCACAUCCUCACAAGACAGCAUCCUAAGCCAAAGGGACAAAAAAGGCCUCUCCUUGGACCUAUCACUUACCAGAAAGAAAAGGUACCAAGGCCUCCACUGGUCUCAUUGGCAAGGACUGAAUCACAUGCCCAUCAAGAUUCACACCCCUGGGCAGGGCUCCCCAUCCCUUGGACAGAAUUGGAGUUGGGGUAACAGGAAAGAAAAGGGUGUUACACAGCGACAAAUGCCCACCACAGGUACCCACAGCCUCUUCCCUUGCUCCUUGGAAGGCCACAAGGAGAAACCCCAUCAUUUUAGAGAGCUUUGGUGUCAUUACAUUUCAAUAAUCAAAGGUCAUUUCCCCUUUUGCCAACCUCCUCAUUGGCAACAAAAUGUGCCUGGGGGCUUUCUUUCUGAAAGUUUACAGAUCCAUCUCCCACCUGCCAACCCAGCACCUGGGCAGUUGUAUUCACUCACAGGUGUCGGGCUGGCAGAUGGGUCUAACAGAAUGGGGGAAGGGGAUUAA